AGUUACCUCCCUUAAUGGACUCUUGUAUCCUUGAUUAUCACAUCAACAAAACCACGUGAAACAGUACUGACAGAUAUGGACAUGUCUGACGACGAAGAAGAGAUGCCUGACCUUGUCCCAGCGGAGGUUACACGGGUACCAAUUACGGUCAUCACUGGAUUUUUAGGUGCAGGAAAAACAACUCUACUAAACUAUGUUUUAUCUGAGCAACACGGAAAAAAGAUAGCCGUCAUAAUGAAUGAAUUUGGGGAAGGUGAAUCUGUUGAGAAAUCCAUGUCUAUUGGUCAGGAAGGAGAACUGUAUGAGGAGUGGCUGGAACUGCGUAAUGGUUGUCUCUGUUGUUCUGUCAAAGAUAAUGGUGUGAAGGCUAUAGAAAAUCUGAUGACAAAGAAAGGGAAGUUUGACUAUGUCCUGUUGGAGACAACGGGGUUAGCUGACCCUGGACCUAUUGCUUCCAUAUUUUGGCUGGACGAGGAGCUCUGUAGCGACAUAUUUCUGGAUGGUAUUAUCACCCUGGUUGAUGGUAAAUACUGUAGUCAGCAUUUAAAGGAGUUAAAAGAAGAUGGAUCUGUGAAUGAAGCAACAAGACAGAUAGCACUAGCUGAUAUUAUUGUACUGAAUAAAACAGACCUUAUCUCCACUGCUGAGUUGGCAUCACUGAAGCGACAAAUAAGGAGCAUUAAUGGCUUCGCAAAACUGAUUGAGACCAGCAUGUCAAGAGUCAACUUAGACGACAUACUGGAUUUGAAUUCAUAUGAUGGAAAGAGUAAAAAUAGCAUGGAAGAGGUUUUUGCACAACGAGGGUUUUCCCAACAGGACAAGCAUGUUAUAGAUCAGAGCGUGACAACCUUGACCUAUGAGUUCCAAGGACAUGUUGAUCCCAAGCUUCUGGAGAAAGCAUUACAGGAUCUACUAUGGGAGAAAAUGGUCAAAGACUCCGAUGGAAAUGUUAUUGAAAUAUUUCGUCUGAAGGGUCUAAUGUCAACACCAGGUGAUCCAAACAAACUUGUUGUACAGGCAGUGCGAGAAUUAUAUGACACGUUUCGCACAUCACCAUGGCAACAUGAUGAAAUCAGGGUCAACAGACUAGUUUUUAUAGGUAAAAAUUUGGAUCAGCAGGUUUUAGAAGAUCUCUUUUCAAUAUGCCAACUAGAAGACAGAUGACAUCUGAAUGAAUUAUAUAAAUUAGGAAUACAAAUGUGUAUUUUGUAUCAAAGUAUCCAGACCUUUGAGUUCUAAUCUGUUCAGGAAUAUUUAUGGUGGAUGUCAACCUUCAUAAAUGAGUUAUGAGCCGAUAGAAAAAUAACAGAUGUCUACCCGAUUAUGAAUCUGUACUUUAUAUAAAACAAUCUCCGAUGAUGCAUCCUAGAAUAUAUUUCUUUCAGCUUCCUUGAAAUGUGACUUCAAUUUCAGGAAUCUCUCCAGGUCUGUAUUUUGAAUAGGUGUAUGUUUUACAUUUUUCGAGGCAUAAACAUCCUGUAUUGGAUAGAUUGUUUACACAAAUUUAUUCUGUUUUCAGUCAUUUAAUGAUAUCAUUGCCUAGACGUUACAGUCAUGUACCAAAAAUUUAGACUGUACUGUAUUUUUUUGAAGUGUUGCUGCAAAUAUCAAGGAAUAUAUAGUGUAUUGUUUUUUUAUGUCUGCUGAUAAAAGAGACACUUUCAUUUUGAAAAUAAAUCAACCUGAUGUUAUUUUCUUUUUUAAAUAUUUUCUGAUGACAUGUCAACUCUUCUUUCACAUCAUUGACAUAAUUUUGGUACAUGUGGAAUUGUAUUCAUAACAUGUAGUCGUGAUAGAAGUCAGCUAUAUUUUCUGUAGGGUACCAAGUUUUGUAUGCUAUAUUUUGGGACAGUUGUUCUGGUAUUAAUGUUUCUGGAGAAAAACAGGAUGAAUAUUUAUCAAAUUUCAUAGAAGACUUAGCUCCAUUCCUUGAUAUACAUGCUCAAUUUUAGGACUGAUUGCGUAAACAAUAUGACAGACAAAAAUACAUCUUGGAUUUUGACCGUUUAAAUUUGUUAUUAUUUUUUCAUGAGAACACAUUGUAUUUCAUGCACUUUGUCUGUCAACUUUAAAUCCUUCUAGAAAACUAAAAACAGCUGGUAACUGAUGUUUGGCAAGGAUGUGUACAUGAAUUGGAGUAUAUUUUUUUCAUUUGAAUAACUUCAACCUAUUUUCAAGGACACAGAGAUCAAAUAUGCUAAAAUCUUUAAAACUUUUUUUCUCAAAUAUUGGGAUAAGAGGUACCUGAGCUGAAGUGCUACAAAGUGUCCUAAUAUAAAUUACCAUGACUGAUUUGUAAGGUGACAGGGGUCAAAUAUGUAAGAAAAUAUUGACCUAUUUUAGAUGGCACAGGUAACAAAUACAUUUAAAACAUUUAAGAAUCUCCUAAAUUUCUAUAAGAGCAAGGAUACUCAUGUUUGCCUAAUAGGUACUUUAGUUGGAGUGCUAUGAAGUCACUUCAUAUAAGUGACCUUGAUGUAUUAGCAAUGUCACAUGAGUCAAAUAUGUUAAAAAGCAUUGGAAUAUUUCAGAAGAACCAGGGUACUGAUGUUUGGUCAGGAAGUACUUGGGAUGAAUGCUAUAUAUAUUUCUUAAAGAUGACCUUGACCUUUUUUGAAGGCACAGGGGUCAAAAAAUAUGUUUUAAGCAUUCAAGAAUCUCACCAAGUUCUAUAUGUGCAAGGAUACUCAUAUUUGGCCAGUAGGUACUUGGAUAAGAGUGCUAAAAUUCACUUCAUAUAUAUGACCUCAAUGUAUUUUCAAGGUCAUAGGAGUUAAUAUGUUAAAACACUUGAGAAUUGUCUUUAUAAGUUCCCAGAAGAUGCAAAGUAUUGACAUUUUGCCAGUAAGUACCUUGGAUGAAGUGCUGAAAAGUUUUCUUAAAAAUGUUUUGACUUAUUUUUGAGAUCACAGGGGUUAGAUAUUAAAGUAUUUGAAUUCACCUCAGGUUCUGUAAGAUGAAGAGUAUGAAAUUUCAUAUAAUUGACCUUUACCUAUUUUAAAGGUCAUAAGGGUCAAAUGUUCAAAAAGUUUUAGAAUCACAAUUUUUUUUCCAGAAACCUGCUGAUUUUCAGUCAGGUACCUGUGAUUUGUAGUGUACAUUGGCACCUUUAACAAGGUUUAUAAAGCAUGUAAUAGUUAUUUUGGUAAUCUUUUCAUUAUUGUCUAUGUGAUUGAUACAGGCCCUCUGGGCAUCUUGUUUUUU